AACAAGCAUAACUUCCUGAAUCUAAAGAGGAGGCAGACCAUACAUGAUGGCGGUGAUGAUGCAGCUCAUCUCCUUUGUCUCCCUCUUUGUCUCCAUUACAGUGUCUGAUGGGAUUUUUAAACUGGUUAACAGUUCUGUUCAACUGGAUGCACAGACAAAAGAUUAUGAGUUUGAUGACUUCACGUGGUCAUUUAACAAAAGUAAAAACAUUGUGAAAUACUAUAAAAGUUAUCCAAGUAACGUAUACCAAGAUUAUAAAAACAGAGUGGAGGUGAAUGAGGGAACCCAAAGUCUGACAGUGAAGAACUUACAGAAGACUGAUAGUGGACUCUAUGAAGCAAAGGCAUCUGGUGAACAAGAACGAAUUGUGGCCGAGUACCAAUUAACUGUGUUGGAUCCAGUGGAGAAACCAGUCCUGAAUGUCUCUCCCCAGCAAAGCAAUGGCAUCUGUAAUGUGACUCUCAGCUGUGAAGCUCAGAAACUCUCAGUCACCGCUCACUGCUACAGUGACAGAUGUGAUAUGAAGGAAAAUGAAACGGCUGUAGAUGGGUUCCAUUCCAUCUCACUGUAUGUCAGUAACAGCUUCAUUAUUUGUAAUCAUAGCAGCCCAGUCAGCUGGAAAAAUACAACCAUAAAGAUGGAAGAAUUGAAAAAACGUUGCCCUUCUAAUGGUGUAAGCAUGCACACAUACUGCAUGGGGUAAAUUUAAAUGUAAGACAAAUGUCCAUUCUUUAUUAAUUUGCUUUCAAUAAUCAAUAUUUGUGGUCUUACUAAAUGAUUAGAAUUGAACAUAUUUUUCAACUUGUGUUUUUCUUCAUAAUAUUUUUU